AUGGGAGAAUCCCUCGCCGACAGCAUUCUAUUCAUUUUGAAAGAGCGAGACAUACCCGCUAAGCGCGAUGCCAUCGAGACCGCCUUUGAUGGCGAUUCCGCCGACACGGAAUGGGCAGUGAAAUAUCUCCGACCCGAUACCCUGCUAUCAAAGGAGGAACUGACCUUGUACUCGAGACUUCAAGCCUCCGGCGCUCUCCAACCCAUCCUCCGCAACCCCGACCUGCCCGCCACGCGCCCUAUCCUCGAAGAUGACCUCCAGACCGCGAUCAAGUCCCUCGAGACCUCCACGGCUACCAUUCAGAAACAAACAGAGACUUUGAAGUUCCAGUGCGACAGUCUCAAUAAGCAAUUGGGACUAGCGAACAACGUGGAGCAACAGCGGAAUCGGGACGUGACUCGGCUGCGCAAGAAGCAUGAAGGAGGGAGGCAGAGCACAACAAUGGCGGCCAGUGAGCUGUCCGACGAACUGGAGACCAAUUUCAGGAACGCGACGGACAAGUCGGGCACGGAAAGCAAGAGGAUCCUGGCAUCUCUGUCGACUCGGCUUAAGCAGGACGAUAAGACUCUUGCUAGCCUAGAGACUCUCGUGUCCGGUAUCAAAUAUCGUGGCAAUGAUGCAUCUACGGUGUCGCGAACGAAGGACCUGAGCGCCAUGCUGGCAGACUACGUUGCCGAAGAAAUACACUAUCGGCUCGAUCGACUUUACUUGGAAACGGUCCAGGCUGGGGGCACAGGUGCCAAGGCACCAGCAGGAGAGACGAUUGCUGCGCUCGAGGAAGAACUUGAAUCUUUGUAUCCGGAGAUUGGGAUAUUGGCCGAAAUGUCGAUCAGGCAGCAGUUCAACGAGCCCAUCCUGCGAGAACUUCAGAAUGAGCAUGGAAAGCUGCAAGUGGCGUCGCAGGAGAGUCUGGAGCAGGCACUCGACACAUUGAUCGAAAUGACAUUGUCCAAGCAGGAUAUCACGAAGCACUUGGCACAACGACUGUCAUCUUCCGUGCUGUUGGACCAAUUAGCCACCCUAUAUCAAGCCGAAGCGGGUGAACUCGUUACACAGCCCUCUUCUCGAAGAGAUUCACUGCGCCGCCGAUCUUUGCAGCCAGGUCUUCUGCUUGCGGCUAAAGCCCCUGCAGCGCCUACGCCCGACCAGCCUGCCCUAGGAAGCAUUUUGCGACGUGUUGGUGUGAGUUCUGAAUCUGUCCUUCGACCAAAAGGAAACGGCGACAACGGUGGGAUCAGUGAGCUUCACGAAAAACGAAUUCAAAUGUCCGAAACACUGGGUAAUCUCAAGGGUGCGGUCGAUUCUCCUCUGGUGGCUCACCUAUCGCCAUCUGAUAGCGCAUCUCAACUCCUUCAGUCUGCUUUGACUGCCAGUGGUCAUUAUGAAACAUCGCUGCACAAUACACCGGAGCAGCAGCGGAUUCUAGGCCUCGAAAGUGAGGUAAUGAGGCUCCAAUCCAGAGUCCAGGGCCUAAACAUGGAUGUUCUGCAUCAGCGUGACAAGAUCCAGGACAGGGUACUGCAAAGGUGGGCCUAG